GAGAGAGGGGGAGGGGCGGCGGGGAGCUUUAUAGUCUUUAUGGUGAAUAAACGGCGUUAUUUUAAUGUAUAAUCUGUGAUGUAUAUUCAGUGUGUUCGUGUUUCGCGGUUGUGAGUGAAUAAUAAAAGUGUUAGUGUAGGUUUAGGAGGUCGCUGUUUGACGCGCAUCAGAACCAGAACCGAGUUUAUUUCCGAGUCCGUUAUCUCACAGACAGGGAAUCCGCUUUGGAGCCUGAACAGUAAAAUGCUGUGAUGUUGGACAGUGAGACUGAAACCUGUUGUGGGGACACGAGAUGUUUUCAUCCUCACAGCUGUCAUCCUGUCGCUGUGAUCACUGAGACUUGUGGACGGUGAGCGAGCGGAAGGUUGUGUUCAUUCUGAGGUUCAAUUAGUAUGAAACAUGGAGGAACACGGAGAUGACAGUCCCAUCACCCUAAUCAUCCGCGCUCCAAACCAGAAAUAUGACGACCAGACAAUCAGCUGCUUCCUCAACUGGACUGUGGAGAAACUGAAGAAACACAUUGCUAAUGUUUAUCCCAGCAAACCGUUGUCCCGAGAGCAGCGGCUCAUUUACUCCGGCCGUCUUUUACAGGAUCACCAGCAGCUCCGGGACGUGCUCCGGCAGCAGGACGAGUAUCACAUGGUCCACCUGGUGUGUGCACCCCGGAAUCCCCCAGGUGACCCCUCAGUGACCUCUGACCCCAGCUCUACAAAUACAGCCUCUGCUGACCCCGCCCCCUCUGCCUCUCCAUCCAAUCAGAACAUCCUGGACCCCUCGUUCACAGGGAGCGCAGAUGGCAUUCGACACCGAGGAGGUUCUGCUGACGCUCAGCAGCGGCCUGAGGGAGUCGUGUUUCCUGCAGCGCCCCCUGCUGCAUUUCCAACUCACAGCGCGUACUCUCCUGUACAGAUGCUGUGGUGGCAGCGUGUUUACGCACAGCAUUACUACAUGCACUAUCAGGCUGCAAUGGCUGCUGCUCAGGUUCCGCCCCCUCCGGUUAACCCUGGCCCAUCAGUCACUCCAGCUCCAGCCCCGGUUCCAGUUAAUCCCGCCCCACUGCAGCAACCAGUGAAUCGGAACCCUCAGAUGAACGCUCAGGGUGGGGCUGUGCAGAACGAGGACGAGCUGAACCGUGAUUGGCUGGACUGGUUGUACACAGUGUCGCGCGCCGCUGUCCUCCUCAGCAUCGUCUAUUUCUAUUCGUCUUUUAGUCGCUUCGUCAUGGUGAUCGGCGCCAUGCUGCUUGUCUACCUCCACCAGGCAGGAUGGUUCCCCUUCAGGAUGGAGCUGCAGAACCCUGGAGCAGCAGACCGACCUCCAGCUGAGAAUGACAGAAACCACAACAUGCAGGAAAUGGAGCGCAUUAUGGAUGAUGGUCUUGAGGAUGAUGAUGGCGACAGUGGUGAUGAAGGUUCUGAUGAAGCUGCUGCUCCUCAGCCGAACUUCCUCACAUCCACAUGGUCCUUCAUCAGCACCUUCUUCACCUCGCUGGUUCCUGAGGGUCCUCCUCGCGCCGCGAGAUAAACACACACUCUGAACUUUGAACCCUUACAGACAAAAUAAACAGAUAUCGAAACAGCAGCAUUGUGAUUGACUCGUCUGCUGUGUUUCUGCUGAAUGAGUGACGCUGCUCACGUUUGUAAUCUCCACCGCUGUCUGGUUCUUCGUCAGGUGACACAAACAAGUAGAACGCCCCUGCGUUUGUCUUCCCCAUCACUAGAACUUUUCUUUUAAAAAAAUGUUGAAACUGCUUCAGUUCUCCAGUUUCAUUCAUUAUAUGUAAAUAAAAGACAUUUACAGAUUUAAA